UCGAUUUAGAAGGGUAUUGGGCCAAAAGUUCUAAUGGUAAUUCUCGUUUGAGUUUUACGGCUACUAGUUAUCAAAUAAUCAGCAAUCACUGUAAUUACUGCCGAACGGAAAAACUAGCCCACGAGAGCCUCUGUCCUUUUUUUGUUUCGGAUAAGAUUAACCAAGGAAUAAGCCAACAAACAGCCGAAGAAAAAGAGGCUAACCAGUUAAUUUCCCAAACUCUUUUUAGUCAUUACACGAAGGACCAUAAAACUCCCCAAGUUUACGAGUUAAUUGGAGAAAUCCGAGGCAAAACCCAAGAGAAGGUUUACCAAGGAAAACAGGCUGGAAGUUAUUAUUAUCGGUUAGA